AUGAAGAAUGUUUUGGUAGAAAAAGGCCCAAAACGAGAUUUGACCAUUGAGGGUCCGGAUGAAGAAGGCAAAACCGGAAGACGAUUUCGUUCUAGUUUUUAUAUUAGAACACUAACAAAUAGGGAGAAACAUGAUCGAACAUGGCUAGUAUAUUCUAAAGAGAAUGAGAAAGCUUAUUGUUUUUGUUGUAAACUCUUUAGAAAGGGGAUGCCGAAGGGAGGAUUGGAUGACGAUGGUUACAAUGAUUGGGUACAUGUUCAUCAGCGACUUAAAGAGCAUGAAGUUAGCAUGGAGCAUCUUACGAAUAUGACUAUUUGGUUUGAAAUGCGUCAAAGGUUAAAAGCUAGCGAAACAAUUGAUAAAGUAGCCUACGAGCUAUUUAAGAAGGAAAAAGAUUAUUGGAAUCAAGUACUAUUGAGAAUUAUUGCUUUCGUUAAGUAUCUUGCAAAAUAUAACAUAUCAUUUCGUGGGUCAAAUGAGAAGUUGUAUGAAGAAAACAAUGGAAAUUUUUUGGGUUUGGUUGAGAUGACGGAAGAGUUCGACCCAAUCAUGAAAGAACAUGUUCGGCGUAUCACAAGUCAUGAAGCACAUGUGCAUUAUCUUGGGCACAAAAUUCAAAAUGAGUUAAUUCUUUUGCUAGCCGGUGAAAUUAAAUCUCAUAUUAUUAACAACAUAAAGGAAGCAAAGUAUUACUCAAUCAUUCUUGAUUGCACACCCGAUGUAAGUCAUCAAGAGCAAAUGUCUUUGAUCAUAAGGCAUGUCAAUCACAACUCCAAUUCUUUUAAAGUUGAAGAAUCAUUUUUAGGAUUUUUGAAUAUUGUUGAUACCACCGGUGAGGGAAUAUUUAAAGUUGCAUGUGAUGAGUUGGUGUCUCUUGGCCUUGAUGUUGAUGAUUUGCGAGGUCAAGGGUAUGACAAUGGAUCGAACAUGAAAGGACCAUAUAAAGGAGUUCAAUCAAGAUUUAUAGAAAUAAAUCCUAGAGCUUUUUACACUCCAUGUGGUUGUCAUAGUCUUAACCUUGCAUUAUGUGACAUGGCUAAUACGUGUGCAAAAGCUAGAGAUUUUUUUGGAACCAUACAACGAGUAUAUACCAUCUUUGCCAAUUCUACCAAGAGAUGGGAAAUUUUGAAAGACAAUGUUAAAGGGUUAACUCUCAAAUCAUUAUCUACUACUCGUUGGGAAAGCCGUGUUGAAAGUGUUAAGGCUAUUCGAUUCCAACUUUCAGAUAUUAGAGAAGCUUUGCUUGAGGUUGGAGACAAGGAUAAUGAUAUUAAAAUUCAAGGUGAAGCCAAAUCACUUGCAAGAACGGAAAUUGGUGACUUUGAGUUCAUAGUAUCAAUUGUCAUUUGGUAUCAAAUACUAAGUACGGUCAAUAUUGCAAGCAAAAAGUUGCAAGGCGAGAAUAUGCUUAUUGAUAGUUAUAGAGAAGUGGGUUUAUCUAGUGCAAUUCAAAUGUUGGAGAAAAUUGCACUUGAAAUGGAUGUUGAACCAGUGUUUCCUCAAAAGCGUCAAAUUCGUAGGAAAAGACAAUUUGACGAGGUAAAUGACAAUGAAGUUGUUUUUUCACCGGAAGAAGAUUUUAGAGUGAAUUAUUUUUUGACUAUCGUUGAUCAAGCAAUUGAAUCUCUUGAGUCGAGAUUUACACAAUACGAGGCAUACGAAAAACUAUUUGGUUUUUUGUUUCCCCAAACAUUGAGGAGACUUGAUGAUGAAGACUUGAAGUCGUAUUGUAGUAAUCUUGAAGAUGCUUUAAAGCAUGGUGAAGCAUCGGAUAUUGAUGCUAACGAACUCUAUUCGGAGUUGAAGUUGAUGGACGUGUUUUUACCAAGUGAAAUUAUCACCCCAUUUGAAGCUUUUGAAUAUCUGGCUCAAGUCAGUUAUUUUCCUAAUGCAUUGGUAGCAUAUAGAGUGUUGUUGACGAUUCCAGUUACGGUGGCAUCGGCGGAGAGAAGCUUCUCAAAGUUGAAGUUGUUAAAGUCUUACCUACGGUCAACGAUGUCCCAAGAGAGACUUAAUGGAUUGGCUUUGAUAUCUAUUGAGAACGAGCUUUUAAGGAACAUGAAUUAUGAAGAGUUGAUACAUAAGUUUGCUUCGGAAAAUGCUAGGAGAACAACACGGUUUAUGAACUAA